UGAAUGGCUUUGAAGUUGGUUCAUUAUCACUCUGCGUAGUAAUUGGUGAUAGGGGCUAUAGUACAAAUAAUAUGUACUUGGAAAGUACAAUAACCAGCUGAUAAGUGAAUAAAUAAAACUAUUUCAGCUUGAGUAAUAUUUAUAUUAUUAUACGAACUGUCAAAGCAGUAACGUGUUAGUGAUGUGUUUGGUCUAACAAUAAAAUAUUUGAGGUUAUAUUUUGAGAUUUAGUUUUGUUUUUGUGAGUUAACAGUUUGUAAACACAACAUAACCUCUACACGUGUAGGAUCAAAGCAACCAUGUCCGUAGAAGGCGUAAUGGUAUCCUACAACUACUCGGAGGACGGCGAGCACUCCAACAUCAUCACCGUCUCCGCGUCAGGAAUGAAGUUCUCCAAGCGCUGGGUCCUCACCCACGGCUCCAUUCUGUCGCCCCUCAAACAGGCACAAGCCAUCAACCACGCGAGAGGCAACCCUAUAUUGAAAGAGGAGUUCUACGACAACCUGCCGGAGAUAUACGUGACGUGCGAGAGAGAGACAAAAGAGGGGAACGUGUACGACGACGUGGAGAGGCUUAGUAGGGAGAGGGAUGAUGAACUGGAGCAUAGCAGUUACCAGAUUAGAGUGCUUACUGGAAGGGUAGUCCACGUCUGGCAAUGCCCGAUCCUGAGCCGCUGCGUUGACGAUAUCCUCUACAGUUGGACCAUCGGGCACCGCGACGGCGACAUAGAGAAGCAAACGCAGCUGGGCAAGGCCCUACUUUCAGUGUUCGUUCUGGUAGACUUAGAAAGCGACGACCGAGGUUUUAGAACGCUUAGGCCUCUUUCGGAGCUACUAGACUUGGUGAAACCACCGCCUGACAGAGGGUCGGCUGUAGAAGUCCACUCCACACCCUUCGGAUGCGAGGUGUUCCUGAAUGCUGUAACUCGUGGAUCGGUCUGCGGUGUGGUGGGGCGGCGGCCAUCAUUGCUUCUUACUGACGCAGCGACUGCGCUAGGGUCGGAAGGCGGCCCGGUCUUCACAGAAGGACCUAACAAAGAGCUGAUAGGCGCAGUGGUUUGCAGCGUAUCAUGGUGGCGAGGGGAAUGGGUGGGGCUGACGCUAACGGCGCCAUUGGUGUCAGUGCUGAGCGCCAAGCUGAGGGUGUCUCCACCAGCGGUGCCACGUCAGCCGCCCAGCCAGCAGUAUCAGGAGAUAUUUAACAGGAUCGACAAGACGACGGUGCUGGUGCGGUGCGGGGGCGCGUGGGGCGCGGGGGUGUAUCUCGGCGGCGGCCAUAUUGCGACGUGCGCGCACGUUGUUAAACACUACGCAAGCCACAAAGUAUCAGUAUACUGUCAAGGCGUAAGCGAAACUGCGAUAGUUCGGUACAAGACUCGCGAUGAUCGCGCGUACGAUUUAGCUCUUCUCUACACGAACCCUGAAAACUGGACGCAUCUCCUGCCCGCACUGUUUGCUGACAAGCCUGCUGAGAAAGGUGAAUCUGUACUAGCAGCCGGCUAUCCGUACUUCAACGAAAACAUGUUGGAGAACUUAAAGCCAAACGUGACCGCUGGCCAUGUGAACAGCGUCUCACCUUCCAUGAUACAGAGCAGUUGCUGCGUGCAGUCAGGGUUCAGCGGUGGACCAAUCUUCAGGAUAAUUGACUCCAAUGUGGAAGUUCUGGGCGUCAUAGUCAGCAAUGCAAAAACCAAUACAGGCGCGUGCUAUCCCUACAUCAAUAUGGCGGUGCCUGCUCGAGCAUUUGUCGAUUCCAUGCUACAAUACAUCACUGAUAAAGAUGGCGACCACCUGAAACCGAUUGAAAACCACCAAGAAAUGAUUCAGUCACAGUGGAGGCUGCUACCCUAUAGGUCUAAGAUAUGAUCUUAAAUUAAUAAGAUUUAGAUUAAUACUUCUACUGCUAAGGUGGUGUGUACUGCUACGGUUGUACAAUAAAGAACUAUCUUAUCUUAUCUUAGACGGGAGAAACACUGGGGCAAGAGAAAAGAAAAGACUAUCUUGCCCCGAGCAAUAUAAACUAUGUUUUUCUUACUCGACAUGACCUUAUAAAGCCUGACUAGGAAAAUAUGAUCACGCGCCAUGUUGCGGAAUUUCACUGGAACUAUUUUUUCAUACUAUACCUGUCCCUCUAUACAUGAGAAUAGCAGCACCCUCUUGACAAUAAUCAUAUAUUACUGGUCAAGCUUUACGUAUGUAGAGUUAGACCAAGAAAAGUCUGCAGAGAUUUUGAUAGCCCACGCAGUGCAAGUGUUAUUUUAAACUUCAAACUUCUGUGAAAUCACGACGUAUAAAUAACACUUGCACGUGGGCUAUCAAAAUCGCUGCAGACUUCUCUUGCUCUUGCUCUGCAGAAUUCAAAUAUUAUCAGUUUAACAGAGAUAGUCCAAAUAUAAGUUUAACUGUCGUGAGGUAGUUUAAAAAGAAACAGGUAAUCUGAUACAUAGGUACGAGUUUAAUGUCCCUAGCUAUGUUUAGGUCAUUGAGGUAUAGUAUUAAAUUAGUGCAUAUAAUGUAGUCAAUGGUUUCAGUGGGUACUUGCUACCUGGCCCAAUAUUACAUUUGAUCCCCUUUUCCGUACUUGUAUCGUAAAUAAAUAAAUAAUUAAUAUUAUAGGACAUUUUUACACAAAUUGCCCUAAGCCCCAUGGUAAGCUCAAGAAGGCUUUUGUGUUGUGGGUACUCAGACAACGAUAUAUAUAAUAUAUAAAUACUUACAUAUGUAUAUAGAAAACAACCACGACUCGGGAACAAAUAUCUGCAUCAUCAUACAAAUAAAUGCCCUUACCAGGAUUCGAACCCGGGACCAUCGGCUUCAUAGGCAGGGUCACUACCCUUUAGGCCAGACUGGUCGUCAAAUAACUAUUAUUUAUAUCUACUCUACUCUUUAUUCCCUUAUACUCUCUAUUCCCUACUCUAUGGUGCUGUGAAAAUUGUUAUUUUAUCACAUUUAUGGUACGUAUUAUGUGUUGUUUAAUAAAGUUGUAAUUGUAUAUUUAUAUUAAAUUACAAUUGUAAUUAUUGUUAAUGGUUAUUAAUUA